UUCUCCAUUUAAUGAGCUUCCUCUCGCUCUUAACUCUUCACUUUCUCUGUCUCACCUUUCUCGUCAUUAAAAGCGCCAGCUCCGAUUUCUCUCUCUACGUACAAUUUUUGGCUCUAUAAAAACCCCCGCCUUCAAAGCUCUCUGGACGCAACAAUCACAAUCAUUCUCUAUUUCGUCUCCUUAUCAACCAUUCCCACUUAAAAAAAAAACGGAAGUAAGUGCAGGUUAAGAGCGGAAUCUACGUUAGAGAUUAUAUUCUUGAAAAUGAGACUCUCUCUUGGACCUGCACUACCAUACACUCUCCCCUCAAGACACUUCAGAAUAGAGUGCUGUACACUCACUCAACCAUUAAGAAUCAACAGAAAGUCUAUAGAAAACAAACAUCCCAAGAAAUGGGAACGCCUGCUGGACCCGGUUGACAGCGACCCAUUCUCAUACUUGUCUGCCGCAUCUAGACCGGUUAAACUAGCUGAUAAAUGGAUGGAUUAUCAAGGUAUCCAGAACUGGGAAGGUAUGCUUGACCCGCUUGAUGAUAAUCUGCGUGGCGAAAUUCUCCGAUACGGAGGAUUUGUUGACGCUGCAUAUAAAUCCUUUGACUUUGAUCCUUCAUCAUCCACCUACGCCACCUGCCGGUUUCCGAAAAACACAUUGCUCGAUCGGUCGGGUUUACCAGAAACAGGUUACCGGCCAACUAAAAACCUCCGUGCUACAUCUGGUGUCCAACUGCCACGUUGGAUAGAAAAGGCGCCAAGCUGGGUGGCAACUCAGUCCAGUUGGAUUGGCUACGUGGCAGUAUGUCAGGACAAGGAGGAGAUUGCUAGACUAGGACGAAGGGACGUGGUAAUUGCUUAUAGAGGUACUGCCACUUGCCUGGAGUGGUUAGAGAAUCUACGCGCCACUCUGGCUCAUUUACCCGAUGCAGACUCUGACAAGAGUACUGCAAGAUACGCACCCAUGGUGGAGAGUGGAUUUUUAAGUCUUUACACUUCUAGACCCACAGUGGGCCCAAGUCUACAAGAGAUGGUCCGUGAAGAGAUCCACCGGCUUCUUGAAUCGUACGGAGACGAGCCACUUAGCUUGACAAUCACAGGCCACAGCCUCGGAGCUGCUCUCGCUAUUCUCACUGCCUAUGACAUCAAAACCACAUUCAAACGGGCACCGCUGGUCACCGUCAUCUCUUUCGGCGGUCCCCGUGUCGGAAACAGGAGCUUUCGCCAACAUUUGGAAAAACAAGGCACUAAAGUAUUACGUAUAGUAAACUCCGAUGAUCUGAUAACAAAAGUACCUGGUUUCGUCAUCGACGGAGAAAACGACCAAAAAAUGAACGUGGCUGGCCUCCCUAGCUGGCUCCAAAAGCAGGUGGAGCAGAUGCAACUGGUUUACGCCGACGUCGGAAGAGAACUAAGACUGAGCAGCAAGGACUCUCCAUACAUGAAUGGCGUGAACGUAGCUCGGUGUCACGAACUUAAGACUUACUUGCACUUGGUAAACGGAUUCGUGAGCUCCAGCUGUCCAUUUAGAGCGACGGCCAGGAGGGUUUUGGUUAACCAGAGUAGAUAAUGAAAAGCAGUAGAUAGGGUUUUAGAAUCAAAGACCCACAUAGAAAAUGACAAACGAUGUCCUUACAUCAAACUGUUGUAAGGACAAUAUAACCUUUUUAAUUUGUACAUAGAUAUGUGAUUCUUUAUUAAGAAAAACUAUACCAAGUCUAUAUUCUACUUUCAGCAGAGACUAACAUGCGCAGUGGAUAAUCCAUCAAUUUUUUUACCCGCAUUUCACUGCAAAACUAUAAGAACAUACUGUACUAUCACAUGGCUUUGAGUGCG